AUGGCCUUCCUACCUCUUAGAAGCGUCUGGAGCUAUUAUGUGGCAGCAGUUGUAUUGAUUGUAGGAGUGCUUUUCCCAUAUCUACAGUACGAGAAGCCAACUGUGUUGAUUGGACAGUCUAUUGUGAUUACCCCUAAAUUAGUGAUAGAUGGUAAUACAUUCUAUGGUCAUACAAAAGAAGGGAAAAUGGUGCGUGUACGUCUGCGUCUUGUGGAUGCACCAGAAUUAGAUCAGCCAUACGGUAAAGAAGCACAUAUAUACUUAAAAAAAUUACUUUUAGAAGAAAAACAACAACAAAAACAGGAGAAUAAAGAGGAUUACUCUUUAUCACAGGUGGUGAUUUGUAAUGUUGCUGGUAUGGAUGAGUGGGGAGGACUAAUAGCGGAUAUCUCCAUUCAUCAUCCAAACGCAGAUCCUUCUUUAGAGUAUGUAAGUGUGCAGGAGUCUAUGGUGAAGAAUGGAUGGGCGUGGGCAAUGGAUAGCGGCUUUCUAACAAACUCACGGCUUCAUAAAAUGAUGAUGGAAGCACGUGCGGCUCGUCGUGGACUUUGGCAAAGUGAUCAUGCGGUAAAACCAUGGGAAUACCGACGCAAAACACAACUUCAAUUUCAUAGAAAAGAUAAAAAUGUAGGACCAUCUUCAUUCUCACGCCGAAAAAGGAUCCGUAGUCGUAGUCGUUGGAAAAAACAAGGACGAAAAGAAAAAGAGUGA